AUGACGUUACUUUUCAAAGGGUUGCUAUUUUUCAUUGCGGCGCAGGUUGUUGUCUACUCCUUAUUUUUCAAGCCAUCAAUUUCCUCAAAAGAGAUCCGGGGCAUCUUCGAGGAGUCCAAAAGCAGAAUCAAUUCCAGAUUCAAUGAAACAAGCAAGUAUCUCAAUCGUGCAAAGAUCAAAGGUGCAAGUAACUCAUAUAUUGAGCCAGUGUAUAUGAACGACCUCAAUCACACUGUUCUCACAGAAGAAAACAUUAGGCUCGAGAAUGCCACGAUUUUGGUUUUGUGUCGAAAUUGGGAGUUGGAAGAUAUCUUAUCGUCUAUGCGUUCCCUUGAAGAUAGAUUCAAUAAAGACUAUCAUUACCCGUGGACCUUUUUGAACGACGUUCCGUUUGAUGACGAUUUUAUUCAAUGGACUACCGAAAUGGCCAGCGGUAAAACGGAAUACGGUUUAAUUCCUGCUCAGGAUUGGAACACACCAUCUUUCAUCAACCAGACAAAGUAUGACGAGGGAAUCGAAGAAGCUAUCUCACGACAAAUUUUAUACGGCUUCUCCAAAUCGUAUAGAAAUAUGUGCCAUUUUAACUCAGGCUUUUUCUUUAGGCAGGAACUUGUCAAUCAGUACGAUUACUACUUCAGAGUUGAGCCUGGGGUUGAAUAUUUCUGCGAUUUCCAGAUGGAUCCAUUUCGACUCAUGCGUGAACAGCGUAAAAAGUAUUCAUUUGUCAUUACGCUUUACGAAUAUCCGGACACCAUUCCGACUCUUUGGGAGACCGUCGAAGAUUUUUUCAAUGAGUACCCACAACACUUGCAUCCCAACAAUAGUGCCGAAUUUAUUACUGACAAAAGCCCCAUCGGCACAAAUGCGUUAGACUUAGGGGAAACCUCAUAUAAUCUGUGCCAUUUUUGGUCAAACUUUGAGAUUGGAGAUUUGAAUUUUUUCAGAUCACAGGCAUACUUGGACUACUUCAACUAUUUGAGUAAGACUGGAGGGUUCUACUACGAGCGUUGGGGUGAUGCUCCUGUUCAUUCGAUUGCAGCAGCCAUGCUGCUUGACAAAAAUGAGAUCUUUCAUUUCGAAGAUAUUGGGUACACACAUGUUCCAAUUUUUUCAUAUCCUGAAAGUAAGCAGAUCAAGAAAUAUAAAAGGUGUAUUAUUCCAAAGGAUGAGAGAAAUUUAAACGUUGGGUUGGCAAGCUGUUUGCCAAGAUGGUGGAAAAUAGGAGGUGGAAAGCGGUUUUUAAAGGAAUACUACCACGAGGAGGAGUAUAUUGCAUACAAGGAACACAACAAAAUAGCAUAA